CAAAUAUGAAAACAGGUAAUACAUACAUAUCACUAAAUACCAUCGGCGAUGGAGGCCGGCGGCCGCGAAACAGUUAUGACUACGGUGGCGGUGGCGGUGAGAAGCGCCUACGGGAGAGGAAGCCGAAGGGCAGUGCGUUGGGCAGUGGAGAAUUUGAUGCACAAGGCCGAUCGUCUGGUUUUGGUUCACGUUAUGCCCACCAUCACCUCUGUUCCUACUCCGUCAGGCAGCAGUAUUUCCAUCAAGGCAUUAGAUUCAAGUGUGGUGGAAAUGUAUAUGCAAGAAAUGAGGGCAAAAAUUGAAGAAACUUUUCUUACUUAUAAGUUGAUGUAUACAACCAUUUCGGUCGAAACUUUGAUACUGGAAGGAGACAAUCCUGCAUUUGCACUUAUAAGGUAUAUCUCUGAUUCAAGAGUUGCAAGUUUGGUCCUGGGCUCGUCAUCCUCGAACUACUUUGCCAGGAAACCUGAUAAUUCGGAUGUUUCAUCAAUUGUUCUCAAGUUUGCUCCUCACACCAGCAAAGUUUUUGUGGUAUCCGCAAAGAAUUGCAUAACGAAUUCUUUGAACCUUGGGGAUACUGAGCGGCUGCAUGAACCUAAAGUAUUCAGUGAACAAGAGUACAGUAUUUCUUCGUCAUCCACUAAGUCCAACAACGACAAUAAUCUCUCAUCUCUUAGUUCCUCACAUUCUCAAGCCCAAACAGCAGAAUUUUCCUCAAGAAAUUCAGUUGGGGCUCAGGAAACCGAUCAUCAAGUUUUAGAAGAUAAUAAGACCUCAAUAAACAAUGAAGAAGUUCAAUCUGUUUGUUCGACCAAAGCUGAGCAGAUAGAUGUAAAGGCUGAAGUAGAAAACCUACGCCUAGAAUUGGAAGCCACCUUGUCUCUUUACAAUCAAGCUUGUGAAGACCUUGUACGAACACAAACCCAGGUUGACUCACUUUCUUCAGAAUCUAUACGAAAAGCACAGAUACUGAAUGCUGCGCAGGAAAGAGAACAAAAUCUAAGGGAUAUGGCGGCUGCUGCUAAACAAAAAUAUCUGGAAGCUGAGGGGGAGGUUGAGAGGGCCAAAAAACUUCUAGCUGCUGAGACAUACAUAAGGCAGAUAUCAGAACUUGACGCCCUUAAAGAAUCAGUAGAGAAAAAGAGAAUAGUUGAUGAAUUAUUUUCGAGUGAUCGAAGAUACAGAAGGUACACCAGAGAUGACAUAGAGACAGCAACUAAUUUUUUUGCUGACAGUAAAAUGAUCGGCGAAGGAGCAUAUGGUAAAGUUUACAAGUGCAGACUUGACCAUACUUUGGUUGCUGUCAAAGUUAUGCGACCCGAAGCAUCCGACAAAAAGGAGGAAUUUUUAAGAGAGGUAGAAGUUCUUAGCCAGUUACGGCACCCUCAUAUUGUUUUAUUGGUCGGCGCUUGUCCGGAAAGCGGUUGUCUUGUUUACGAGUAUAUGGAAAACGGAAGUCUAGAAGACUACAUCCUAAACAGCCGACGCAGGCCUCUUCCAUGGACUGUUAGAUUCCGGAUAGCUUUCGAAGUGGCUUGUGGACUUGCUUUUCUUCAUCAUUCAAAGCCAGAGCCCAUAGUUCAUCGUGAUCUCAAACCAGGAAACGUUUUGUUAGACAAGUAUCACGUGAGCAAAAUCGGGGAUGUGGGUCUCGCAAAAAUGAUUCACGACGUGGUGCCGGAUAGCAUCACAGAAUAUCGGGACUCUAUUAUCGCUGGCACCCUGUUCUACAUGGAUCCCGAGUAUCAAAGAACUGGUACUCUUCGUCCCAAAUCUGAUCUUUAUUCUUUCGGAGUUAUAAUCCUGCAAUUGUUGGCGGCUCGUCAUCCGAAUGGGCUUAUAAUAAAGUUCGAAAAAGCCAUAAAGAACGGCACCUUUUCCAAUCUUCUCGACACCUCGAUACGCAAUUGGCCGCUGGCUGAAGCAGAAGAGCUAGCACAAGUUGCUCUUAAGUGCUGCAAGCUUAGAUGCAGAGAUCGGCCGGACCUUGACACCGAAGUGUUGCCGAUUUUGAAGAGACUUUCUGAAUUCGCCGAUUCUUGCAGCUUGACUUCAAGAAUACGUACUCAGGCACCCCAACACUUUUACUGCCCAAUCCUUCAGGAAGUAAUGGAGAAUCCUUAUGUAGCAGGUGAUGGAUUUACGUACGAACGCGAUGCAAUAAAAGCAUGGAUCGAAAGGCAGGAUGUGUCGCCAGUCACGAAACAGAGACUACCACACAAGAUGCUCACACCAAACCACGUGCUGCGUUCCGCUAUCCUAGAAUGGCAGUCGAUGAGGUAAGAAUUUAGCUGAAAUCGGGUGAAAAGAACACACAGACACAUAUGUGCGCAUUCUUAAACUUGCUUGGUCUUGUAGUUGCGACUGAACCGAAUCGAUUAGAGUUGUGUACUCGAACGCUGUUCUAAUCGACUCGGCGUCGUGGCUGCAAGUGUAUUAUAAUCUUUACGUCGCCUUAACUUGUGUAUCAUUUAUAUAGCAUAAGUGAAAAUUCUCUUCAGUUCGAAAGGAUUAAGGAUGUUUGUUGAAA